AAGUGGGUAUUGUGCAUGCGGUAUUGGUACACGUUGCACGAGACGGUCGACCGAGUCUGUGCGUAUAACGAGGGAAUGACAACUGCGCUAAACAGUCUGCCGGGGAGGAACUCAGGCGACGCAAGCCUUUGGAGGACGACGCCAGGGCGAUUCGUUCACCUCCUGCGAGCAGUUGGGCGCCUUCAAGCCAUGGGUACUGCUCGCGGGGAGUCUGGUGCUGAGGAAGGAGGUUCUGAGAGCACACUCGAACAUGGAGAACCACCUGUCGAAGAGCUGGUGCCUCCGGACGGUGGCUGGGGUUGGCUUAUUGUUCUCGCUUGUGGGAUCAUGCAGUUCGUGCUACCGACGCUCUCCACGUGUUUCGGCCUCGUGUAUGUCCGCCUCGUGUCGGCAGGAUACACGAACUCCCAGGUGGCGCCCAUCCCCGGCCUCUUGUAUGGCCUCUCAUGUCUCAUCGGUCCUCUGGCCACCAGCCUCAGCCGCUACCACGGCCACCGUCGACUAAGCGUUUUUGGCGUUUGUACAAUGGCCGCGGGGGUGUUUCUCUGCGCCUUCUGGGACAACCUGAUUUGGUUGUACGUCUGUUUUGGAGUUGUUGGAGGCUUGGGCCGCGGCAUAGCGAACCCUCAAGGCUUCAUCCUGGGCCAGAUGUACUUCCGCCGAAGGAGGGUGGCCGCCAACGCCCUCUCGAUGCUGGGCGCCUCGCUGGGCUUCAUGGUGAUGCCGCCCCUCGUCAGGUUCCUCGCCAACACCUACGGCCACCGGGGCGCCCUCCUGCUGUGGUCGGCGAUCCUGCUGCAUGCCCUCGUGGGCGCCGCUCUCUACCAGCCGGUCGAGUGGCACUUGAAGCCCAACCCUCUGGCCAACGUUCGCCUGGUCGAGGCCAGGCCGUGCCAGGAAGAGGGCCAUAAUGACACAAGGGUAAAUGAUGCGGAUGAUUUUGAAGGAAAGGAAUUCGGAAAUGAAUCGCGCGCCACGGAAGCUGAAAGCAACUUCCAAAUGCAUCCUCUUGACCCUCGUCCCUGCCACAGGCUCCUCGGGUCAGCCACUUCUGAGGGGGAAGCACAGGUAUUUCUCGCCGAAGCAGAGGGCGAGCGCGAGGGCUGCGGCAGAAGAAGGGUGAACAGCGUUAGCAGAACUUCGCUCCGUAGCAGUCUCUACAGCUCGAGUGAAGUCGUCGACCAAUUAAGCAGCGCCUUCUCGCUUGAAGCGGAAAAGCUGAAAGGCAGUAAUGGCAACAUUGCAGAGAAGUGUGAUAAAAUGCCGGAAGAAUCCCAGUCUAUAACCCUGUGCGGGAUAAGGUUCCCCAGAUUUUCGGACAUAAUACAUUUCAGAUUAUUGUUGCAUCCGAUUUUUCUCAUCGUGUCCGUCUCUAGUAUCGCCAACAGAAUGGUGUUCAUGAACUUCGUCACGUACAUCCCGGCCGUGGGGAAGGACUUGGACCUUUCGGACGAGGCGCCCUUCAUGCUCACCAUCAUCUCCGUGGCUGACCUUGUCGCGAAGGGCGUCAUGGCCGUCGUCAGCGACCGCGGGUGGUGUCAGCGCCGCUACUUCGUCAUCGCCGGCGGCAUCAGUGCUUCUGCGGCUGCUUUGAUGGUGCCCCGAGCGUGGGACUUCCUGAGCCUCGCCUCCUGCUGCGCCCUGUACGGGUCCAGCCUCGGCGCCAUCGUGUCCGUGGCCCCCGUCCUGCUGGUGGAGUACCUCGGCCUCGAGCUCCUCCCGCACACCUUCGGCCUCCUCCUCCUCAUGAACGGAGCGGCGUCGUUCGUCAUCUUCCCCCUCACAGGGCUCAUUAAUGAUAUGAUGGCUAACUACACGACCACCUACUACCUGCUGGGCGCCCUCUCCCUGCUGCCGGCCGUACUGUGGAGCCUCGUGCCCUUAGUUAACCGCGAGAAAAUUAAGAAUCCUGUUUAAACUUCUUUCUUCAGGGUUAUGCAAUAAUACAUUUGUUUAUAUAUAAGCAGCGUUGUCAUCUUUAGGUCAGAAGUGCAACGAGUACCUGAACAAAAAUAUUUGUAAAAUGCUUGUGGAUC